UAACUGAUAAUCACUUCUUCGCACACAUUGUCUGCAAUUAUUAUGUGUUUACCACUCGUCGAGUGUCAACACAUUGAACCACAACCAGAGCGACGACCAGUUUAAGCGAUGAGAACCACUGGUGACCACCACUCGGAGGGGCCGUCGAUGGUCACCACCACCACAGCCGAGGCCACAGCCAUCGGCGGUGAUGACAGACCCGUCUAUACAAUCGAAGAUCUCGGCCUAAGAGCCGCACCGCAAACGCAACACACAUUCAUUGGUCCCGGAGUGUUCAGAGAGCGUGCCUUCGAGUUGAUAGCAUUUGUGGCCACGAUUACCAUUGUUUUAGUAUACGUUAUAUUCAACUAUUCUGCCAAUCAGUCGCACAGCAGCAUUAAAAUU